GGUGCGUUCAGGGGCCGGGUCACAGUGUCUGACAGCAGAGCGGCGGCAGGGUGGACAGCAGCUCCACUCUGCUUUCUAGACACGCUGGAGUAAAGUCACGAUCCGGACCAGGACUUUGGGCUCCCUCUGCUCCUCCCUGACAUGGAAGUUUUCCUGGACACUCGUGGGCUGCGAAAGAUGAGAAGUGUGCUGCUGAUGUGUCUGUGCGUGGUUCGAGCCGCAGCCGACUGUCCUAAACCUACAGGAGGAGAUAACAUGGUCUUAACUGAUGCGUCACAUCUGAUAAAUGAGUUUCCCAUUAACACUGAAGUCACUUUAGAGUGCGCUAAUGGAUACACUAUAGAAAGCGGCUCCGGGAUUAUAACAUGCAUUGAUGACAAGUGGACUGAACCAGAGCUCAUCUGUAAAAAGAAAGACUGCGGGGACCCGAAACCUCAGCCACAUAUGAGCUUUGACCUGAAUGAGGGCACGCUGUUUAGUGCUGCAGCAGAAGUCACCUGUGACAAAGGUUACGAGACAAGUGGAUCGAGCCACAUUUACUGCUAUAAUGACGGGUGGAGGGGGAAACCCAGAUGUGAAAUUGUAACGUGCCAAAAACCCCCGGAGGUGACCAAUGGUGAAAGUACGUGGGACUCUGCAGAUGACCCAAAAUAUGGGGAAAUUGUACAAUAUGUCUGUAAUGAAGGAUUCACUCUCACUGGGGAAGAUAGUAUAAUGUGCACUGAACAUGGUGAAUACAAUUCUGAUCCUCCUCAAUGCCAAGGUGUGAUAAAAGAAGAUGUUUUUGCCACAAAAACGGUAACACCAACUUCAACAUCUCCAGCACCAGAAACCUCUACUUCUAAAGCUUCACCAACCACACCCACAGUUCACAGAGAUAAAACUAUCACACCCAGUGCAACACCAACUGUCUCUCCUACAGGUGGAGGAGACGUUUUGACAGCUGAGGAUAAAGCUACUGCAGCCAGUGUUACAUCAAUGACACCAUCUUCAUUUCAAGAUCAUCGUGAUGGCAUUGUCGAUACAAGCAAAGAUGUUGGAUAUACACCUGUUAUAGUCAGUGUGAUAUGUGUUUCAUUAGUUGUAUGUAUAGCAGUGCUCUUUAUACACAAACUCCUUCUGAAGAGGAAAGGCUCAUAUGACACCAGAGAGGACCUGAAGCCGGAGUUAUUACAGUUCCAAAAUCUUUAGUUUGGCUGCCUCACAAAGCUCUGCAAACGGAACCGUUCCUAUCUGUUAAAGAGCAUCUGUGACCUAGGAAGGACAUACCAACAAACUGCCUCUCUGGGGGGAUGGAAAAGAGAACUCACUUAAAUACUAUUGCACUUCAGAAAGAGCAGGUAUACAUAUCUGCUUUGUAAAGUUUAAAUAAUAAUUUAAGUAUGUGUCCAAUGAUUAAAAGCACUUUUUAUAAUGAUGGAUUUUUUUUUAUUUUAACACAUGCUUGUACAUAUUUUCUGCAUACUUAUUUGUACAUAAUUUAUAUUAAAACUGGAAUUUACUCCUCUAA